CGCGCGAACGAAAUCGCUGGGCCUAGCACCAGAAACGGAAGAAGGGAAAACAAAGCUCAUUCGCGACUUGCAAGGGUAGCGUUUACUGUUUUACGUGUCGGUUUUUGUGCGGAGUAGAAUAAAAUAUUUUUCAUUGAGAUUCGAUCGAGAUAGCUAAGGUGAUUGGAGUAAAAUGGCAACGGAGCGGAAUGAUCUCAACAUGGGGAUGCGAUGCGUCAAAUACAUGCUAUUUGUGAUAAAUACCAUGUUUUUGAUCGUGGCCAUCCUGCUGGUGACGGUCGGCAUGGCCAUCGGAACCAUUUUCGGCGACUUCGAAGUGUUCAUCGAUGCGCACUUCUUCUCGCCGGCCCACCUGAUGGUAGCCAUCGGAUUCAUCAUGAUGAUCGUGUCGGUCUUCGGCUGCUUCGGUGCCUUCCGGGAGAGUACGGCUAUGAUCAAUAUUUACGGUGUUAUGUUGGCAGUGCUGUUCAUUCUGGAAAUUGCCGCAGCCAUAUCGGCAUUCGCCCUCCGGGGACAGGUCGGCGAGAUGGUUCGGCGUACGAUUGGAGAGUCCAUGGCCAAAUACGAAAAAGAUGUGUACGUUUCCGACUCGGUCGAUUUCAUGCAGCGUGUGCUGGAAUGCUGUGGAGUCGAUGGUCAUAGCGAUUGGAAGAAUUUCCUGAACACCACAGAGUUGGAAGUGCCUCCGUCCUGUUGCCAGCACAAUAGAAAUGACGAGUGUGCUCCGUUCGAAGAUGGCUGCUACUAUCGGCUGGGAUGGGUUGUGGCUCAGAGUGCGGCCCUGAUAGCGACCGGUGCAACUACCGUGGCCUUCGUGCAGAUUCUGGGCAGCAUUUGUGCCUUCAUGUUGGCCCGCACCAUCCGGCGAACCAAAUCACUGCGGCAAGCCCGCCGUUGGCAGCUGCAGCAAAGCCUGGGAAUCAUGACCAAACCGCAUAACCCGGAAUACACCCAGAUGGAGAAAACGCCAACUGCGGCUGGUGGCGAUACGGAGCUGUAUCUUCCAAACAGCCCAAGUGUUAACUGAAGGCUACAUACUUGUGCACAACAUUGACGUGUGUUAACAGAUCAUCACCGGUGAUUUAAUUUAAGGAUUAAUUUAAGGAUUAAUGGCAUUUCGGUGAAGUAUUAAAUGCAUAUAGAAAGAAUAUCAAACAAAAGUAAUGAACAUUAUAGACCAGUGGUUUUCAAACUUUAUUCACUCGCCGCCCCCUUUUGAUAAAUUUUCGAGCUCAACGCCCCCCUGGCCAAAUUUUUGGAUAAUCUUAAAAUAAUGGUAAUCUGGAUCGUUGAAAAACCAUUAGCUUUUGGCUUUAUGUUGUUGUAAGGCUUAACACAAAAUUCGAUCAAAUCUAUAUGAGGCCCUCAGAGCCAAAGGACUACCUAGUCCAUAGGGUAUUGUAAGUGUAAAAAUAGUCCAUUUUAAUUUUAUAAUGUCAAACGAUUCUUCAUAUUUCAAACCAAAUUUCGUGGUUUUUCAGAAUUGCAGAAUUUUAUUUACAUACUAUUUCGUCCGAGAAAAAAAUGCAAAUUUUCAAAAAAAUAUAUGAAAAACGUUCAAACAUAAAAACUUAAAAGCGAGUUUUCUCGAUAAAGCUUUUAUUCACUUAUAUCCUUUUGGCGUCAAGGGCCUCAUUUUGCUUCAAACCUCCAGCAAACACUAUAAUCUAUUUAAAAUUUGCUAAACAAUCACUGAUUUUUUAGUUUGUUUUGAUAUGAAAUCAUGUAUGUAUCUUAAAUAUUGGUAAACAAAAUUCUAUAUUCACGAUUCAUUUGCAUUAUUGAAUACAAUUACUGUUCAGCCGGUGAUUGCACCGUAAAAAUAGUAUUAUUUCUUGAUAUUAGAAUUUGAGUCCUGACGAAUUUAAUUGAAUUCAAUCGUGUUCAAAUCUACGUUGUUUCGUGAUUUGUGAAAAUGUGAAUUACGACCUCACCGCCCCCUGAGCCCUUCAAACGCCCCCCAAAUUUCAAAAUUGAGCUCACCGCCCCCCUGGAAGCCCUCAACGCCCCCAAGGGGGCGGUAGGGACCACUUUGAAAACCACUGUUAUAGACGGAUAGAUUCGAUAAGGAAGCAUGAUAGGUGUCGAAAAUGAGCCAAGAGCGUGUUAUCGGAAAACUUCAUGCCGUACAAGACCGUAUUAUUGUCUAGAAGAAGCUAACUCGGAGGACAAAAAGGAAUGUACGGCCGAUCGGAGUACGAAACACGUGCAUCAAUCCAUCCAUGUAUCAUUGUAUAGAUAGAUCAAUACAAGCUCCCUAUCGAUUUUGCUCCAUCUAGACAAUUAAACAGUGCGCGAAAAAUGGUCUUGGCUCAUUUUCAAAACCUUUCAUGCAUCCUAAAAUAAUCUAUCAGGCUUAAAUUUUCAUUACUUUCAUUUGAAAUUCUUCCUAUUAGAAUUUAAUACUUCAGCGAAAUGCCAUUAAUUAUUAAAUUAACCAUUAAAUUGUGUAUUAAUGUGCCUUAGCUUGAUGUGAUUUACGAAAACAUUAAAUAUGGAUCUAAAUAUAUACAC